AUGGUUAGAUCUGUUCUUGUGCCGUUGGCACUUUUCGUCCUUUCCAACCUGAGUCUUCCAUUUUUUACCCUUGCAGCACCCUCUACGAGCUAUGCAACAGUAGAAGGCUUUGACUCAGUCCCAAGCGGGUGGGAGGAACUGUCUCCAGCAUCUCCUACACAGGUGCUCAACUUGCGUCUCUCUUUAGUUCCAGCAAACAGAGACAACUGGCUAAAUACCGUGCUCGGCCUCUCAACCCCAGGACAUGCAACUUAUGGAAAGUUUAUGUCAGCAGAACAACUCAAAGAGCUGAUAGCCCCUUCUUCUGCUGCCUCUGACUCCGUUACUUCAUGGCUCACUGGCCAAAAACUGCAUACCAACGCGAUCCAAGACAACGGAAACUGGUUAGCCUUGCAAAUGACAGUUGAGCACGCCGAGAACUUGUUGCAGACCAAGUUCUAUGAUUAUAAGAGUACCACAACGGGCGAAAUUAGAACCCUAACGCUUCAGUACUCCAUUCCCAAACCGCUUGCCGGCUUCAUCGAGACAAUCCAACCGACAACCGACUUCACAGAAGUGCAAGGCCCCCAGAUUCAGGCUUACGGACCAGAUCUCAGUAACCUCUCCUCUUUAAGUAACGAAAGCACCCCAUCUCCCUGCAACACACAAAUCACUCCAGCAUGUCUCCAAUCUCUAUAUGGUCUGCCCACAGCGAGCUCAAGCAGUCCAGGUGCUGGGAUUGUAGUCCCGGGAUUUUUGAAUGAGUACGACUUGGGUCUCUUUCUGAAGACGUUUCGGCCCGAUCUGAAUCCUCCUCCUUCGUUCACAGUAGAGUCUGUCGACAGAGGAUUGAAUGACCAAAGCAAGCCAGGUGUCGAAGCCAACCUCGAUAUACAGUAUACCGUUGGCCUGGCCAAUGAGAUUCAGACCACGUUCAUCUCGUCGGGCCUAUCCACCGUAACAGGUUUCCUCGAUGUCAUAUCGUAUAUUGUCAACCAAGCAAAGCCGCCAAGUGUCUUAUCCCUGUCUUAUGGAUUCAACGAGAACGCGUUAUCAUCCAGCGCUGCGAACAGUAUGUGCAAUGCAUUUGCUCAACUUGGUGCUCGUGGUAUCUCCGUUAUCGUUGCUAGUGGUGAUGGCGGAGUUGCCGGAAUCAGACCAAGCAGUUCCUGCAAUGCAUUCAUCCCGACAUUUCCUGCUUCCUGCCCUUAUGUCACUACUGUCGGUGCCACUGCGGGAGUCCCAGAAAUUGGAGCGGCGCUCUCUGCUGGUGGAUUCUCGAAUAUCUUCACCCGCCCCUUCUACCAGGAAUUAGCGGUUGAUGGGUAUCUGGCUGGUAUCCAAUCUCAAUAUAACAGUCGCUUCAAUGCUAGCGGCCGCGGAUAUCCGGAUGUUGCUGCACAGGGAGAGAGAAUUGUUAUAGAAUUCCAGGGAAGCCCGGUUCUGGUUGAUGGCACUAGUCCCUCUGCACCAAUUUUCGCUUCAACCAUUGCGCUCCUCAACUCUCAGCGACUUGUGCCGCUGGGUUUCUUGGAUCCAUGGCUCUAUCUCGAAAGCGGCGUGCUGAGCGACAUAACCUCUGGAAGCAAUCCUGGAUGCAACACCAAUGGCUUCCCGGCUGCACAUGGUUGGGACCAUGUGACUGGGCUUGGGACACCGAACUUUGCAAAUAUGCAACUUCUCAUGUCGUUCUUUAAAUCUCAUCUCCGCCGCUCCGGAGUUCUCCACGAUCAGUUGAUGAAGAACUACGACGACAAGUCAGCCCUUGUUCUACUGGACUAUAUUCCAACUGAGCAAGAUGCCGAGUUCCUGCAGAGAUAUCCGUGAGUUUACAAACAAUUUUUCAACUAUUUCCAACAAAACCGAUAAAGCAUAAAGCAUCCUGCUUUGAAAUCCAGAAAUUAUUGCUAACCUUUUGAUCCUACUACAGGAGCAGCGCUGGCGCAAUGUCUCCAAGAAUCAGACUGUAUAAUGGUACAACGGAAUUCACCAAAUGACUGCCUCAAACAGCCCUUGUCAGAUGAACUACCAGUUCGAUGUCAACAAUUAAGCAAAGCGCUCGCGGAUUGCAAACGUGGUCUAGUCGACAUGCGCAAACGUUUUCGCGGCAAUGCGCCCAUCUCCGUGUCCAGAGAAAUCGAAGGAGGAAAGUCGACACAGGUACCACAGCAGUUGUAUGCAGGCAAACCGGCGUUCACGUCUGUCAAGGAAAUUAGUGGUGAUGAGGUCCAGAUGGAUCCUGAGAAGACGCGGGGCUUAUAAAUGCAUAAUCUUUCGGAUGAAGACUUUUCUUUGCGCAGCUACUUGUUUGACAUAUUUGCAUGGGCUGGAGUUUCUGCUUUUUGAUGUGUAUUUUAUGCUAUCUCUGUUGUAUAGUAUUUUGAUUUCGGAUGUAAUGAUAUCUAUGUUCAUAACUCUACUCUG